AUGCCGAAAUCUUUCACGAAAAUCAAGGCCGUUUUGGAUAAUGUUCGCGCAGGACAACUUGCUAUACCUUUACCAAAAAAUGUUGUCGAAGUGCGCGUUCAAUAUUCUCUAAAUAACAAGAAUGGUCAUAUGGGAGCUAGAAAGUUUGUGAAAGAAUAUCUCCCGAGCUUGAAAUACCACAACGAACACAUCAAAUUUAACAUCGAACACAAGUUACCGAAUGAGAAAGCUCCCACGUUUUCCAUCCAUACGUCCGAGGGUCCAUUAUUUAGCUAUGGCAUGAAGUUGAAACAUUCUGAAACCAUUUCUAAUGAUUUAAAAGCCGAAUUACUAAAAGCUAGUCAGUCAAAGCCAGAGGAAGCCUUUGAAGGAAAAGAAGCAACCUUUUAG